UUAACCUUUUACAGGUAAAGGAAGUAGAGAACAGCGACUAACAGGGAUUUUAUAGCUAACAGCCUGGCUGGGGGUCCAUAAAAGAGAGCUCCCCCCCCCCUCCUUAAUUUAUCACAGCCCCUCUGACGUAGUUAGUUACACCCUUUACCUUGUACAUGUGGGUUCAAUCAAAACAUCUCUGUCCUUCACCCUGACCACAUCCAGUGUGUCCCCUUUGGGGAGUGCGUUUACACCAUAGCCUUGGAGCGGGAUGUUCUAGUACUAUCCUUCUGGAAUGGGUUUAAGUGAACACUUAGUGCCUAGGAGUGCUUGUGUUUUUGCAGUGCCAGCCCUGUUCUUGCCAAGUUCACGUAUCAGGUAUUGAACCUGAAAGGAGGCAUCUGCUUUGUAACAGGACCUGACUUUAGUUCUGGCCUCAUACCAGGCUCCUUAUACCAGACCUAAUGUCUCAGGCUCUCUCUUUCUAUACAUUGGUCUCUCCUCUGUUUGAUUAGGAGCAGGUACUUGAGCCUGGGUCGCCCACAUCCCAGGUGAGCCCUAACCACCAAGGCUUGUACAACUGAUUGUGUUCAGCCCUGUAUAGAGCAUAAUGGAAGACAUAACCCUCAGCCCAAGGAAUUCACCGCCGGAAGAGGAAACAGUUCAAACACCACAUAGAUGGGUGACUAUAUAAAGAUCAAAUCACAAUGAAUCCAGUUUGUAAAAAAUUCUAAGCACUUGUGUCUCUAACUAUCACUCAAGGCUUUGUGGACAAAGUAAUUUGCUAAGAAAGCGUGUGAGUGCUGCUUUGGGCAAACACCUUUAAUAAGUUGUGUCAUUUUGCUUUUUAAAGUAAGGGCCGAUGAGGCUUUAACUAGGCUAGGAAAAAUGUCAAAGCAGCUAACAUGAGCUGGCUAAGCCCAACCGAAACUCGACCACCUUUCCUUGUCUAGACAAGGCCUAACUUUUUCACAGACAGUGUAAAAGACUUUCACUUUGGAAAACACACUGAUAUACAUAUAUGUAAACACAUACUUUGUACAAGGAAGGGACAAAUUGGCUCUAGCCAUUUGCACCUGUACUGACUGCAAAUUUGAAGUAAAAUACCUCUAAAUCAGAGUGGUAGAAUAUCACACCCACUUUGGACUCAGCUUGCACUGGUGUAAAUAACUACAUAAAGUCAUUGGAAGAAUCAGGUCCACAAUGUGUAUGUAUAACUAUUGUGUGUGUACAAAAAAAAAUAAAUCUGUUUUCCUGUCAUUAUUCUUUAUUACUAAGGCUGUUUGCAUAAAACACAAGCUCUUGCUGUUUAUUCUUCACUUAGCCAUAUUGUAUUAGUUUCCCCUUCUAUACAACUAGAAAAAUUAUACUUGCCCACUUUUGUAGACAGCUUUAAAAUCCAGGGCCAGAUCUUCAGCUGGUGUAAAUUCACACCCUUAUUCUGGCCUUUGCUCAUGAAAAGUACUGUGUAAUGACUCUGUUAUCACUAGUUAUUAACAUCAGUGCCCAAAUAUGUCAUCACAGUAUUGUCAUGUGUGACACUGAAGGACAGGUGGAUGUUUAAAGACCAUAUAUCCUAUUUACAAGCAAAAUAUCCUGAUAAUCUUCAGAGAGGGAGGCAGGGAGGAAAAAUAAUUCAGAAAAUAUGGCAUGCAGCAGCAAAACCAUUACUAAUUAGAAUGUUUACUUAGUUUUCGAUGAGGCAUCUGUAGCUAUUUGAGUGAAGUAGAAAAAUCAGUUCUAAGAAAAAUAAACUUGUCCUUAAAAUCUACAGCAAUAGUUAGUAUUAUUUUGUUAUUUAAAUGUACUGAAUUUGGUUAGAAUUUGGUUCUCCCUGAUAUCGUGUUCUCCAGUCUUAUGCAAAGCAGUUUUCCUUGAUUACAUUUUACUAAUAAUGUUCUAAACCAGUAUGUAAAGAAACAGGACACAGAUUUAUAGUUUGUUUUUAGGGCCUCUCCCUUGACAAGUUUCUUAAACUACAAGUAAUCAAAAAUGCAGUUUUCCUCUCCCCCCAACCCCGUUUUUUAGUUGCAUUUUCCCAACAAAGUUACAGUCAUCUACCCCAGUCACUUUCAGCCGUCUGAUAGACUUGCCAUCAUUCAUAGGAAUCAGGCCUGACUUUUCUCAAGAGAUCUCUAUUAGUCACUCGUGCAAGUUUCAAGUAAUUACAUGUAACAUACUUAUGGUUUUGGUUCUAGAUGCGAGAUCUCCAACCUUGGAAUACGAUAGCCUUCAUCCCAGGUUGAGUUUGUCUGAGGAUCGUCUUACAGUAAGCUGCAGCUGGAGGAGGAAAUUUUACCCUUCUAGCCCCCAGAGAUUUGAUAAAUUAUGGCAAGUCUUGAGCAAAGAUGCUUUCUUCUCUGGGAGCCAUUACUGGGAGGUGGACGUGCUUCACGCUGGACAAGGAUGGUGGAUUGGAGCAGCAUACCCUUCCAUCAAGAGACAUGGAGACUCCGAAACUUGUCGACUAGGGUGGAACAGAGCAUCCUGGUGUAUAAAAAGGUUUGACCUUGAAUACUGGGCAUUUCACAAGGGAGAGAGGACCCUGAUCCUGAUAGAUGACGAUCCAGAACGAAUUGGUGUUUUCCUGGAUUACGAGGCUGGCAUCCUUUCAUUCUAUAAUGUAACGGAUGGUAUGGUCCACCUGCAUACGUUCUGCUGCAAGUUCACAGAGCCUCUUUACCCAGCACUUAGGCUAUGGGAAGGUGCAAUAACAAUCUGCAAACUGACUUAGAAGUGAUGAGACAAAGACAUGAACUGGAGCCUGCUUUUCAAUUAUUUGUACGUAAAACCACUUUAAAAGGAGUUAUAAAUUAAUUCUCGCUGAUUACAGCAAUCAUGCUGUAAGGCUUUAAAGGGUUUAGCUACAGGUACAUUUCUGACUCAGUACUGAUCACUAACGUGUGAUUCUUAGUACCCAGUAUAGAUAAAUACUCAGGUCUUCGUCAAAUCAAAUACUCCAGAAGAUACUAUUAUAGAUAAGUGAUUUUUACAUGAUUGUAUUUUCAAAGUGCUCUUCUGCCAUUUAUGAAUGGCACUUCAGGUUAUGGAAUUGUAAGAAUCCUCCUCAGGGUGUCUAAAAGACUAAAGCAAUUUUACACUAUUUUUGUAGUGGACUGUGACUUACAAAAUAGAACACAGUCCCAUUUUAAUUACAUGAUAGCCAUCAUAGUUUAUGCAAUUGACAUUUGGAACAGGAGCUAGCAGUCCAUUUUAUUAAACUACUACCUUACCUCCAGCUGGCUGGAGAGAUUACCAGCUUGCAUAGGUAUUACUCUGAGCUUGGCUUAUGUAGGAUACAACUUUUAGUUUAAUUUUGUUAUUUCAGUUUGAAUUUGGAGAACAGAUCCAAUAACCGCAAUAGCUCAGGGUAAAAAGCUUCAUCCACUUCCAAGAACAAUCAAAGGGUUGUUUCCACUGUUGCCUAAAACUCAUUUCAGAUUUUCCUGGAGUGAGGACUUCUAUAUCUACACUAACUAGCUAGUGUUAUUUGGGGUCCAGUAACUAGAGCUUGACUUGAACUGAUUUAAGUAGUACAGCACACUGGCCAGGGGGGGAAGCCUGUCCUACUAUUUUACAGGCAAACUUCCUGUAGCUGCCUCCUUCUCCAGAAAUGCAGACUGCAGCAGGUCUGAAGGUGGCCACCUUUCACCCAUAUACUAGCAGGGUAGUGUGGGAGGAAGCAUUAUGAUGCUGUACAGCCCCCAUCACUCCCCAUUUGGAAGUCGGAGGCAUGUGGAAAAGGACCAUCUCCACAUUAGAGUCUAGCUACAUUGUCACUUCCAUUGCAGAGCUUAGGGAGCUGGGAGAUUACUUUAAUUUCUCUCUAGCUUUCUACUUCCAAAGGCACUCAAUUAGUGCUGCUUAACGAGGACAGUGUUUUACCACACUCACAUGUAAGCAGGUUAUUGACUGUUGCUCUUAAAGUUGAGCGUUCAUAAGAGUGGUGGUUUGUUCUUUUCCCAAAUCCAUAAUACUUAAAAUUCAGAAGGAUUUCUUAGACUGUAUCCACAGAAGUCUGUUUUCCUAGUGUAGACCCACCUGUACUGCUUUAACUACUGUAUUCACUAACCUUGUGAGAGCACAGGCCUAGAAGACACCUUGGUUUCCAAUGCCAGAGGCACGCCUACACUAAUGUUCUCAUCUGUGCAUGGGCUAUUAAGAAAAAUGCAAGGGCUAGGUCUCCUCUUUAAAAUGAAAUGGCAAAGUAGCAGCUUUUGUUUGAGAAACUUGAUUUAUUUUUGUUUUCAAUAAAAAUGUUUCUUUCAACAAUCAUUUAGUGCCAUCUUCUAUUAAGGCAAGCAUCCUGCAUCAACUGAAGCUCACAAUCACAAUUCGUACAAUUUAAGCAAGAAGCUGAAUAAAAUAACCUCUUCCCAUCUUAAAUGUGUAGCCAUACAGUCUCCUGGCACUGCAGUAGUACGUUUAAGAUAAACAUUAAGCAGCCCACAGCUCUGCUUAUGUUGUCAGGGUGUCCCAGAUACCUAAAGUCAUAAAAGCAGAACAUUCUAUCACCAUCACUGAUAAAAAUGAUUUCUGCUAUCAAUUAAUUAAAAUGAAUUCUAAUAAGGUAUUGCUUCAGUUAUUACAGUAAUUGAAGAGUGUGUGACCUGCAGCCCACAGCUGCCAUUUCUUCUAGCCUAUAACCCUGCUUCCUUCAUGCAGGAACGAAGCAGCAGCAAUUAGUAAGUGCACAAGUUGGCAAGGCGCAUGGGCUGCUGCAGCAGGAGGCUGCAAUUCUCAUGGAAAGGAGAUGAUGGGGUGGCGACAGACCAAGGGGCAGAAAGGUGGCAGGGAGACACAAAGGAGUUGUCACCGUGGAGCAGAGAUGCUGGAUGUAGGACUAUACCAGGGUUUAAAAGAGAACUAGAUACAUUCAUGGCGGUUAAGUCCAUGAAUGGCUAUUAGCCAGGAUGGGUAAG